AUACCAAUCAUUUUCCAGCUGAUGCCAAGGAUGCCUUUUCUCAUGCUCUCCAGGAAAGCGCCCCAGUGGACUCCAAACUUUAGUGCGAUGGAAUCAAUUCUUAAUCGCAACAGUGGCUGCAAUGCUCUUGGGACCUCGUUUAGUUUUGUGUCUUUUCCGAGUCUUAGAAUUUCUAAAGAACACUGCAGUGUGGGAUGUGAAUGAUAGUUAUUAUAAAUUAAUACAGAAGAGAUUUGUUGAGGCGAACUCUCUCUGCUCAUCCUCUUUACUUUUAUCUUGUGAACAUUUCUGUGCCGGCUCCUAUGGGAAUUAAGCACUCGUCCCGCUGCAUGCUCCUCAGGAGAAAAAUGGCGGAGUCUGAGAGCAUUGAGCAGCCACAGCCGCAGCCACGGCCGAUCCGCAUAAUUCAGUCCCAGUCGGCGCAGCCCACCUCAUUGCCCAAGCCGGUGCCUUCCAUCCAGCAUGCCUCACGGCCUCCUCUGCCGCCACACACACCGCAUGUGGCCAGCCUGGCCGCCCCUCCUGGGCGGGGGAAGAUUUCCAAGUUCCUUAGCCCAGAGGAGAUGACCUCACGAGACUACUACUUUGACUCUUACGCCCACUUUGGUAUACAUGAGGAGAUGCUGAAGGACGAAGUGAGGACGCUCACCUACAGGAAUGCCAUGUACCACAACAAGCACGCCUUCAAGGACAAAAUCGUUCUGGAUGUUGGAAGCGGGACUGGGAUCCUGUCCAUGUUCGCGGCCAAAGCAGGGGCAAAGCACGUGUAUGGGAUUGAAUGUUCCAGCAUAUCAGAGUACUCAGAGAGGAUCAUCAAGUCCAACCACCUCGACAGCGUGAUCACCAUCUUCAAAGGCAAGGUGGAGGAGGUGGAGCUUCCCGUUGAGAAAGUUGACAUCAUAAUAUCUGAGUGGAUGGGCUACAGCCUCUUCUAUGAGUCCAUGCUCAACACCGUCAUAUUUGCCAGGGACAAGUGGCUGAAACCCGGUGGAUUAAUGUUUCCUGACCGUGCCUCUCUGUACGUGGUGGCCAUAGAGGACAGGCAGUACAAAGAUUUCAAAAUACAUUGGUGGGAGAACGUGUAUGGCUUCGACAUGACGUGUAUCCGUAAUGUAGCCAUGAGGGAGCCACUGGUGGACGUAGUGGACCAAAAACAGGUGGUGACCAACGCCUGCCUCGUCAAGGAGGUGGACAUCUACACAGUGAAGACUGAGGACCUGUCGUUCACUUCAGCGUUCUGCCUACAGAUCCAAAGGAAUGACUACAUCCAUGCACUGGUCACCUACUUCCACAUCGAGUUCACCAAGUGCCACAAGAAGACUGGUUUCUCCACCGCACCAGAUGCUCAAUACACACACUGGAAGCAGACAGUGUUUUACCUGGAGGACUAUUUGACGGUGCGGAGAGGAGAGGAGAUUGUCGGCAGUAUUGAAAUGAAGCCCAAUGAGAAAAACAAUCGCGACUUGGACUGUACCUUUGAGCUGGAUUUCAAAGGGCAGCUGUGUGAAGCGGAAAUAUCCCACGACUACAAGAUGCGAUAAGAUGGACUGGGGGACAGUGGCGCCCCACUGAGUACAACCCCUGAGCACCAGAGGGAGACAGAGGCACUCCCAUGACCACAGACAGGCACAUUGGGUGAAGUUAGAGCAGCAGAGAAUCAGAAAUAAAGACCAGGCCAAAGACCAAGCAGAGGUGGCCCCAAUUACGAUUGGCUAUUGUCACUCUAGUCACUAGAGUGACAAUAGUUAUAUCAUACUAGAGUCUAGUGUGUCAUGAAGGCAGGAAGUUAGUCAUGCUGACUGUUAAACACACCUGAAUGUAAAGGCCCUGACACACCAGGCCGAAAUCGGCCGUUUUCGUUAGUCGGACGACG